GGAAUAUAGGGACAGCAAGAUUUUGGAAGGGCUUUUUGGUAUAUAUAUAUAUUCUUUCUUCUUUUCUCUUUUCAAGUGAAAUUUAGGUUUAUGAUGGAAAUAUACAUGGGUGAUUACUAUUGGGACCAAGUUAUAAAAGAAGAAAAUGGUAGAUGGAAGUGCAAACUCUGUAAUGGUAGCUUUAGUGGAGUUGCUUCAAGAAUUAAAGCACACCUAGAUCACAUAAAAGGAGGAGGCAUUGAACCAUGCCCCUAUGGAGGAGUUCACAGCCAUACAGCAUCCACUUCAAGUAAUCUAUUUGAAGAUCAUCAAGGUGUGUCUGAGAGAUUAUCCAAAGAUACAAUCAGUCAGACAACAAAAGCGUCAAGCGUCAAGCAAAAGCUAAAUUACAAACAUCAAACAAAGACGGGGAUUAAACCUCCAAAACUGAUAAUCAAAAUCAAAGGUGUCAAUAUGGGCAAUUGUAAUCAAAGUGUUUUUAAAAGUGAUAUUGAUCACUUAAAACAACUAGUUCUUAAUCUAGAAUGUGAGGAACAUGAUGUUACAGAACAACUGCAACUGUUGGAGUCUAGGGGCAUAAAACGCAAACCAAAAGUUGAUGAAUGGCUGGAGGAAAUGCAAGAAUUGAAAGAAUGUGUGGAUGAUAUGAAUAAUUUAAAUGACAUUGAGGUAAAUAAAUUGAUCAAAGAUAUGAAACGACACAAGAAAGAAAAGCCUCUCAUUUUGUCGACUGAAUUUGUUGGAGAAACAUUAUACAUAAAUAUCGACCAAGUGUUGAGACUUCUAGAGGAAGACGAUGUAUUUGUUAUUGGUAUCCAUGGAAUGGGAGGAGUGGGAAAAACUUUACUUGCAACUCUUGUGGAGAAUGAAGUAAAAAGGAAAGGAACUUUCGACAAUGUGUUUUUGAUCAACGUUUCUUCCAAUUUCAGCUUAUCAAAACUUCAAUUUGAUAUUGCAAAAAGAAUAGGUGUAAAACUUGAAGAUGAUGAAGAAGAAGGAGAACAAGAUGAGAGAGUUAGGGCAAAAACUUUGUCUUUGGCGUUGGAGACAAAGGGAAAUUCAAUUCUUAUUCUAGACGAUGUUUGGAAAUACAUUGAUUUGCAAAAGGUGGGAAUUCCUCUAAAUGUGAAUGUAAUUAAAGUGAUUCUAACAACUCGUUUGAAACAUGUGUGUCACGAGAUGGAUUGUAUGCCAGAUCAUAUGAUACAAAUGCUACCUCUCUACCAUGAAGAUUGGGAGUUGUUUAUGCUAAAACUCGGACAUGAUGCACCACUUCCAUAUGAAGUAGACAAGAUUGCGAGAAGUAUUGUACAAAGAUGCGAGGGUCUACCGCUUGGAAUCAAUGUAAUGUCAAGAACCAUGAAAGAGCAUGAUGAUAUUCAUCAGUGGAAAAAUGAAUGGAAUAAACUUGAGCAGUUGGAAAUGGGAGAUCAUGAGAUGGGAGAAGUUUUCAAGGUAUUAAAACGCAGUUAUGAUAAUUUGAUUGAUAAAAACUUGCAAAACUGCUUUUUGUAUUGUGCACUAUUAUCUAGCCCUUCAAUACGCAAUAAAAAAGAGUUGAUCUUGAAGAUUGUUGACAAUGGAGUGAUAAAUGAAAAUAGGUGUUUGGAGGAAAUAUUUAAUGAAGGGAAUACCGUAUUGGAUAAACUCGAAUCUCAUUCUUUGAUAAAUGACAUGUUUGGAGGAAGUGUGGUAUCUACACAUCGCUUGAUGAUAGAUAUGGCAUGUUAUAUUUUUAAAGAGAGUGGGAGGAAUGUUAUGGUGAAAUUAAAUAGCAGAUUGACAAAGAUAUCACUCGUGCAAGAAUUGAAAACUGAUUUAGAGUUGGUUCAUAUGUAUGAUUGUGAUAUAGAAGAAAUCUCAGAGGACAUGUCACCAUAUUGUCCGAUGAUAUCCACUAUGAUCAUAAAUGAAUCGUCAAUUAGACAUGUUCCAGAGAGUUUUUUCAAGUAUAUGAAUAGUGUAUCAAUACUAGAUCUAUCCUGUAAUAGAAAACUUGAAUCUUUGCCAAAUUCUAUGACUAAGUUGAGGUCUCUUAUUUCUUUGUUACUAACAGGAUGUAAUACACUAAAAAAAAUUCCCCCGUUGGGAGAGCUACAAGCAUUGUCAAGAUUGGUCAUUACAUUUUGUGCCAUUGAGGAAGUACCACAAGGUUUGGAAAACCUAAUCAACUUGAAAUGGCUUGAUCUAUCAAGAAACAAUAAUUUGACUAUGAAAUCAGGGUUUGUGCUAUCUAAUUUGAGCAAAAUGCAAUACCUCGACCUCCGAUGUCCUGGUGUUGUGAUUACUGUUGAAGAUGUUCAAGGGAUGAAUAAGUUGGAAUAUUUUGGAGGUGCAUUACUUGUCGAUUACUACUCCCAAAAAGUACUCGACAUAAGUUUUAUGCUAAAAAAAUAUCAUCUCAUUUUAGGAAAAAUGUAUGAUGAAGAAGGUAAUUGGUGGGAUUCUUAUAAUUUGAAAAGUAUUGUUCCAUGUGAUCCUAAAACUAAGACUAUACAUUUUGGAUACUGUGAACAGUUAUCUCAUUUUUCCCAUAUACUGCCUAAAGACCUUAUAGAUCUAUAUAUAUGUCAAAAUGUUCAUUGGGGUUGCUUGUGUGAUACUUUGUCAUAUAAUGAUUCUUCUUCCUUGAAGAAGCUCAACAUUUCCACAUGCAGACAAUUGAAGUAUGUGUUUUGCUUAUACCAUUCUUGUUCCUUUUGCACCAAGAUUCACAACCUUGAAGUUUUGGAACUUCAAAGUUUGGAAAGUUUAACUGUUUUAUGUAAAGAUGUUGUUGAUGUUAGACAAUAUUUGUCACCAAGUGGUAUAUUCUCUUGUCUCAAAGAAUUUUCUGUUUAUAAUUGUAAUUUAUUAGAGAAUUUGUUUACACCAAGGUUAGUUCAACAACUUCAAAAUCUGGAGACAAUAAUCAUAAGGUAUUGUGGCUCAAUGAAAGAGAUACUUGUUGCGAGCAACACCGAUGACGAUGAUAGUUUAAGCAUUGCAUUUCCCAAGUUGACCAGUUUAGAGUUGGGAGAUUUACCACAACUGAAGAUUGUGUGCAAAGGGAGUACAUCCAUGUCACUUCCUAAGUUGACCAAUUUGGAGUUGGGAGAUUUACCACAAUUGAAGAUUUUCUGCAAAGGGAGUAUAUCUUGUGAGUCUUUACCAACAUUGAACAUCUAUGGUUGUCAAAAUUUAGAUAUGUACUCAACAAUAAUAAUCCAAGAUGUUGAAAUUCCUUACUAUAGAUUUUGUUGUUAAAAUUUAGAAGUUGUAAUGUUUAUUUACAUUUUUUAUGAUGAACUUUGUAUGAUAUGUACCAUGUGAAAAAAUGCAUGUGUGAGCUUUUUUACUCUUGUGAUGCACAUAGAAGAAUCUAUAAUCACUUGGUUUGGA